AUGGGGGGUGGGUUGGGGGGGGGUUAUUUAAUGUUUUGGGGGGGAGGAGGGGGUAGGAAGGUGGGGUAUGGGGAGGGGUAUGGUGAGAGAGGGGGGGUUGUAUGGGAGUGGGGGUGUAAGGGGGAGGUUGGUAUAGGUAGGGAGAUAUGGGUUGAGAAUGUUGAUGUGGGGGGAAGGGAGUUGGUGGUAGGGGGGGGGGUUGGAGGAAGAGGGGUUUGGUGGGAGAGAGGGGGGGGGAAGUUGGAGGGGUUGUGGGAGUGGAAGUUGGGAUAUUGGUUGAUGGUUGUAGGGGGGGGUGUGGGGGAAUGUAGGGUUGUGGGGUGGGGGGGGGAAUUUAGAUUGAGGGAUGGUUGGGGGGAUAAAUGUGGGUUGGGUGUGGUUGUUAGGGUGGGUGUUGGGGGGGGGGGUAUUGAGGUGGAUGAUGAGGGGAUUUGGGGGGGGUGGGUGGGGUGGGUGAUUGAUGUGGUUUGUGGUGGGUGGUUGGGGGGGGAGGGGGGGGGGAAGUGGGGAUUGAUGGUAUUUGGGGUGGGGGGGGUUUUGUGGGUUGAGGGGGGGGUGGUUUGGAUGGUGGGUUGGAAGGGUUGGUGGGUUGUAAAGGAUGGUUGGAAGGAUGAGGGUGAAGGGGAGUGUUAA